AUGGAUUUCCAAAAUCGUGUUGGCAGUAAACACAGAGGUGGCGGUAUGGCCAGUUUCUCAGAAUCCAAUGUCGAUCGUCGAGAAAGACUUCGUAAAUUAGCCAUGGAAACGAUCGAUAUCACCAAAGAUCCUUAUUUUAUGAAAAACCAUCUGGGUUCUUAUGAAUGUAAGCUCUGUCUAACACUUCACACAAGCGAAGGCUCCUAUCUGGCACAUACGCAAGGUAAAAAGCAUCAAAACAACUUGGCUCGUCGUGCUGCCAAAGAAGCCAAAGAAAACGGCAUUAUUCAACCACCUGUUGGACCUGCUAAACCCAUGGUCGUGCCUCGUCGCAACUUGAUCAAGAUUGGCCGUCCUGGUUAUCGCGUAACCAAAGUACGUGACCCAGUGACACGCCAACUUGGGUUUCUCUUCCAGAUCCAGUACCCUCAAAUUGCACCCGAUACCAUUCCUCGUCAUCGAUUUAUGGGUGCUUAUGAACAAAAGAUUGAACCACCCAAUAAUGCAUAUCAGUACUUGAUUGUAGCAGCAGAACCUUAUGAAUCAAUUGCGUUCAAGAUUCAGAGUACAAAAGUGGAUGAGACACCAGGCAAGUUUUGGACACAUUGGGAUCAUGAUGCAAAGCAAUUUUCAUUACAAUUCUUUUUCAAGAAUGAGAAGCAAGCCAUGUUUGAAGGGAUGGCGCCUCAUGCUAACACGGCGCCACCUGUCGCUACUGUUUAA